AGUUCGCAAAGACUUUGGACGGGGGGUUGAGCGGCGCGGGCUGCCCCCUCCACGGAGCCGAAACAGAAGGGAGCGAGGGGGAAGAAAAAGGGCCAGAGUGUGCGCUGGAGCCCCGCCCGCCAGCAAAAGGACGCGCGGCGGCGGCCGUAGGAGACUCAACAGGACUCCCCUGAUGGCAGAGGCGCGAGCAGGGAAUCCCCAGGAAUUGUCUCGCGCCGUCCAGCUGCUGCUCGCCUCGCUGCCUUGCUGCGAAACGGCUUUGGCUGCUGUUGCACCGCGGCGGGGCAGCGGCGGAGGCUGCUCCUCCUCCUAGCAGAGUCAGUAGGGCUGACUCCGAGUGGCGCAAUUUUUGGCUUCAAAAGGACCCUUAAAAAAAAAAAAGUUAGCCCCUCGGUAACAUUAUAUAUUUUCGCCUUGUUUUUGCGAUUUCAAGCGCUGUCUUUUCUGCGCCCCUCCGACCAACCAGCAAGCAAAGCAUCGUGCACACGUGAAUGAGGCAGCCGCCCCCCGGCGAGUUUGACAUGGCACUCAGCAGCACGCUGCUCCCUCCUAUCGCCACCUUCGCAGCGGGCACGGCCGUCAGGGAAAAAGCCUUAAGACAAGCAGGUGCCAACAACAAGUGGAAGGAGGAACUAUCUCACCUCAAGCGGCUACCUCCUGUGCUAACAGGACGGCAUUACGACCUCUCUGCUGAGCUGGAAACCUCCAACAGCGGCAGCAGCGGGGCUAUGUCAAGGAGAGAGACGGAAGAGUUGAAUGAACUGCUGGACUUUGACUUCAUCCUGUCCAACUCCCUGAUGCCCCAGGAACAAACCACCACUGCUACAGCUGUGGUGAGCACUGCUCCCGGCUCCUCAGGCUCCAACAACAGCUGCCCAUCUGUGACCACCUGCGAAUUCACCUACCAGCUGCAAAGGGGAGAGCACGCAGGUGGUGGAGGAGGAGGGGGCAUGCUGUACAGCAGGGAACAGGCUCCAGCUGCCUCAUUCAACCUGGCUGACAUUGAUGAUGUGUCCCCCUCGGGCGGAUUUGUAGCGGAGCUGAUGAGGCCAGACCUGGACCCGGUUUAUAUGCAGCAGCCACCGCCACCCUCGCUCGGCAGCUUGCAUGGGAAAUUUGUGUUGAAAGCCACAGUGAACAUGGGGGAAUACAACAACCACAUCAGUGUUAGUAGCAAGAACCCAGCUGCUGCGGUUUCCCCUUGUACGGAUGGACCUGUGCCUCCCCUUUAUAACCACGUGCCCAGGAUGUGCCCAAAAAUCAAGCAGGAGGCUGCCCCUUCUUGCACCCUAAGCCAAGCCCACGGGAAUACUCAGAGGGCACAGCAACAGCACGAGUUUCCCUUGGGACGGCCACUGCCUAGCAGGACUAACCCUCCCUUGACUCCAGAGGAGAUGAUGAACCCCAGAGACUGCCACCCUUCCCCACAGGGCUUAAGUCACCCCAGUCUGCCAAUUCCUCCGCCAGGCUACCACCCUGCCCCCGGCUACCCUCCUUUUCUCCCAGAGCAGAUGCCACCGAGCGCGCUCCAGUAUCAAGGUCAGUCUUACUAUCUAAAUGUUUUUGGAGAGCCUUUAAGUAUGCCUCGGUCGGUACAAGGGAUGAUGCUGACUCCGCCCUCUUCACCUCUAGAGCUGAUCCCUUCUGGGAGCUGCCUGUCUGAAGAGACCAAGCCAAAGAGAGGACGGCGGUCGUGGCCCAGGAAAAGGACUGCAACACACACGUGUGACUAUGCGGGUUGCGGCAAAACAUACACAAAGAGUUCACACCUCAAAGCGCACCUUCGGACCCACACAGGUGAGAAGCCCUAUCACUGUGAUUGGGAAGGAUGUGGUUGGAAAUUUGCCCGCUCUGAUGAACUCACUCGUCACUACAGAAAACAUACGGGCCACCGCCCCUUCCAGUGCCAGAGGUGCGACAGAGCAUUUUCCAGGUCUGACCACCUUGCCUUACAUAUGAAGAGACAUUUUUAAAGGGAUUGGGCACACUUUUCUUUUACUGCCACAAGAGAUUCAGUAUUGGACAGCACAAAAGACUGUCUUCCACAAAAGAAAAAAACGAAAGGGAGGAACUCCACUUCAAAGCACUACAAAGAAAAGUCUUCCAAAACAGUGUGGAAAUUAACUGAUGAUUAAAACUUCGUGGAACUUAAACCAAAAACAAACAACCAUGGGCAAUGACUGGAUUUUGCAUCAUCAUUCCAUUUGUUUUCUUUUUUAAAAAAAAAAAAAUCUGACUUGAAUCUUUCUGGACUACAGAAUGCCAAGGAUUGACUGGAAGUCAAGGAUAUCAGGGUUAAAACGAACUGCUGGGGAGUGGAGAUUGAGAAAUUACGUAGGGAGACGAGGGGUGAAGACAGAUGUAAUAAUUGUAGGGCAGUGUGGCUGUUUUGAAAACAUUUUCACCAUGUUCAAAUGCACGAGGUGGGGUAAAAUGGUUCUGCAAGGCUUUAGCAAAAUCUGGCUGCAAUAAGUGCUGGCUGGCUAACACCGCUGCCUUCAACCACCCUCCCUUAUUUCAAUUUUUGAGCAAUUUUGCUAAUAUAAUAACAUUCAUUUUAAGGAACAGUGAACAAACUUACACAUUCUGCAAUGACCUUAUCUGAGGAUAAGGGGAAAGACCAGACAGAAGGGCUAAUCCAGCACUGCCCCCACCCCCCACUUGUUAGAAUCAAUCACCAUCACUCAAAUUGUGAGGCCAGAUUCCUUCUACAGGUGAUAGAGCUCACUUUGACUUGCCUUUCAAUAUUACAUCUGCCUUUACCUUCCAUUCCCUUAAGAUUUUGUUCCAAUGCAAUAUUAUAAAAGCAUUGUAGUUUUGGAAUUUCCUUUUUCCUAACAAAGCCAUUACUAAACUAUAUCCAAAAAGGAAAAAAAGAAAUUCAGGUACAGAGUAGUGGUUCAAAACCUAUUUUCAUGGUGCUGAUUGACUUUUGGUUCUAAAGGUACCAAAAAAAAAAGGAAGCCAAAGUUCUCAAACUGCUGCAUAUUUGACAAGGAAAUACGUUUUUGUCUUCCGAUCUUCAGUUUAAUGAUGACCUAAACCAGGUUAAUAAACCUGGUUUAUUUUGUGUGUGUGUCUCUUUUAAUCUUCUAUGCAGACAGUCUGUAAUGCACUGUGGUUUCAAUGUGCAAUAAUUUGUACAAUGGUUUUAUUCCCAAAUAUGCCUUAAGCAGAACAAAUGUUUUUUUCUAUAUAGUUCUUUACUUAAAAUAUGUAAUAUAAAUUUAAGGAGACUUUUAUUUUGUAUAUUUGUAAACUAUGACGUGAAAAAAAUGAACAUUUUUGUCAGAGUUUGUAUUUUGCAUAUUCAUGCUGAAAAUAACUUUUAAAUAAACCUAUUUUAUCUGA